CCACAGGGCCAGUUCCAGGGGUUCAUCCACAAGAGAGAAAAACAUAGACUCACGGCUGCCAACAUGAUGGUACUGAGAGUAGAGGAGCUGGUAACAGGCAAAAAGAACAGCAAUGGGGCCGCAGGGGAAUUCCUUCCUGGGGAGUUCAGAAAUGGAGAAUAUGAAGCUGCUGUUGCUUUGGAGAAGCAAGAGGACCUGAAGACACUUCCGGCCAACAGCGUGAAGCAGGGGGAGGAACAACGGAAAAGCGAGAAACUGCGAGAGGCAGAGCUCAAAAAGAAAAAACUAGAACAAAGAUCAAAGCUUGAAAACUUAGAAGACCUUGAAAUAAUUGUUCAACUGAAGAAAAGGAAAAAAUACAAGAAAACCAAAGUUCCAGUUGUGAAGGAGCCAGAACCUGAAAUUAUGACUGAACCUGUGGAUGUGCCGAGGUUUCUGAAAGCUGCGCUGGAGAACAAACUGCCAGUUGUAGAGAAAUUCCUGUCAGACAAGAACAGCCCCGACGUCUGCGAUGAGUAUAAACGGACGGCACUCCACCGAGCAUGCUUAGAAGGACACUUGGCGAUCGUGGAGAAGUUAAUGGAGGCUGGAGCCCAGAUUGAAUUCCGAGAUAUGCUUGAAUCCACAGCCAUCCACUGGGCAUGUCGUGGAGGAAACGCAGAUGUCCUGAAACUGUUGCUGAACAAAGGAGCCAAAAUCAGUGCCAGAGACAAGCUUCUCAGCACAGCGCUGCAUGUGGCGGUGAGGACUGGUCAUUACGAGUGCGCUGAGCACCUCAUCGCCUGCGAGGCUGAUCUCAAUGCCAAGGACAGAGAAGGAGACACCCCACUGCAUGAUGCUGUGAGGCUGAACCGCUAUAAGAUGAUUCGACUCUUGAUGACCUUCGGUGCGGACCUCAAGGUCAAGAACUGUGCUGGGAAGACCCCCAUGGAUCUGGUGUUGCACUGGCAGAGUGGAACCAAAGCAAUAUUCGACAGCCUCAAGGAGAAUGCCUACAAGAACUCUCGCAUAGCUACAUUCUGAGAAAAGAGACUCAACAGGAGCUGUUCGCAGGCAUUUUUAAAGCAUUUCCCAACAGAAGAGCAACUAGCAAUAAAAUCCAGCUUUUGUUUGCCAGCCAAAUAGGGAGAGAUGCUCAAAGAAGCUUCAAGAAAGCACUGGGUUGUAGGUGUUAAAAUAUCCUCUAGUGAUGUUCACCACUUUUAUUUAUUCCUACCUAUUUAUUUAUUUCAUAGCACCAGUAUUCAGGCUUUCAUGAACAUCAUUUUGGGGGAGCAAGACUUCAUCUGUAUGUACAUUCAGAGUCUUCCCAUAGCUCUUAAACCGUGUGGGUGAAUGGUGUCUAAUUGCACCCCUUUGUGUUCUCACUUGCAUAAAGCUAUUCAAGGUACUUUUUAAAAGGCAAGGGUUGAUCCCCGCAGCCCUUCUCUGAAUUCUCACUGCUGAUAUCUGAAUGAAGCAACAGAAGGCACGCAGUAACGCAGACGGGAACGGAAGCAGUUCCGCAGGACUGGCGCGGAGGCUCGCCACCCACCCACAGAUUUGGUUCGGUUUGGUUGUUUACCAGAUCACAUGAUGUCGAUGUCCCAAGGUGAAGGCAACGUCAGGAGUGCCGCAUGUAGGGAGAUGGAGGGAGUAGGCAAUGGGGCCAAGGAAAACUGAGUUCGAUGAAAGAAGAAAUCAAAAGGACACGCGCUGUAAAUGUAUAAAUGUAUAUUGUGUUGUAUGUAUAUUUUAUAUUUAUAAUAAAUGCAAACUAAUUCUC